AUGAGGCGGUUGGCGAAUUCGGCCAAGAUAAACUUCAACGUCAAGUCCUAGAAGAUCGAUGUUGAUAAUAGAAUCUCUCUCCGAAAUUACUAUCGCAUCACCGACAAUACCCUUAAGUAGGCGAAUAUUUAUAGGGAGGAGAAAAGUCCAAUAGACUUGUAUGUAAUGCUUCUUAGAUACAGUAGUUUGGUGCUGGAAACUAUACCUCAUCAUCGAGAUUAUCAUGCUUUAUGUCAAAAAGAAAAAUUGUUUGCCAAAAAGAAGUUGGUUGCAGUGCUAUAUGAGCUAGAGACUUUUAAGCCACUAGUGCGUCGAUUAGAUCUACCAGAAAAUGCUAACACCACAUCUCAAGUGCAUCAGAUUGAUGGCCAAAAACUGAUUCCUGAUGCAUCCACGAGGUCUUUAUUGCCUGCAUUGAAUUAUAAACCUUUCUUAAGCUACAAUAAUAAACGAGUAUUGAGUACGACCAUAUAUUACUUCUGCAUGAGUCCUCAACUUACAACAAAUUGUUAUACGAACUCUAAUAAACUAGAAAAUGAGAAUGCACAACACAUUCUAUUCUCCUUUCAUUGGGAAUCUCUUGUUGACUACGGCCAUUCUCAUGCAUUUACUCUGUCCCGUCAUAAUGAAUACCAUGGCUUGACCAGGCAUGAAAUAUCUAGUUAUUGCAGUUUACUUAAUUUGGAUUUAGAAGUAAAAUAUUCAAGUAGAAGAAUCUUUAAAAGCUCCAUUAUGUUGUCGCCAGUCACAGCUCCUUCAUCUACAUUGAAACAGAAUAAUGAGAAUACUCGAGUUUCAUCAUCGUAUUCCAUUGACACUCAGUUUCAGAAGUUAGGACUAUUAGUGCAAGCAUUAACUGAUUUUAACCUUUUCUCUGAUUUCUACUUAUCUGUGUUGUUUACCAAAAAGCUCAACAAUGAUCAAUCUGCUUAUUGUGCUUCCGUUCAGGGGUUGAAAAGUCCUCUAUCUCUUCCAUAUUUAUCUCUUGGUGUACCUCUUCCAAAACAGGAAACAUUGUCCAGGCAUUCAUUUUUAGGCCCAAAUGGUCUUCAUAAUCAGUGGCAGGGGCCUAGUGCUGAUAAAAAGGUUAACUAUCCGACCAAUAUUGUCCAUGAUUUGAGUGAAAUUUCAAGUUCACUAUGCUAUAGCCUGAAUCAGGUUGGACAAUAUGAACCCAUGGCAACAAAAAAUAACAACUCAGAACUGGAAAAGUCAACUAUGGAGUCCGUUCUAUCUUUAGAUGACGGAAGAUGGCUAAAUCCUUCUGAAGAUCCUGGUUCUUUAGCCGAGGAAACGAUGAAUGAGAAUUAUAAGUUCGAAAAUAUCAGGCAACCUUCGCCACCUCCCAUUCUUGCACAAGUGCAGCCAGAGCUUCUUCCUAUCUCUCCAUCAAGGGUUGCUGAUCCAAGACCUGGACCACCACUUUCUAAGGAUGGGUUGCCCAGUUUCAAUUCAUAUCAAGAUCUUCACAUUCCAGUGAAGAUGAUGGCAGAUUUUUUGAGAUUGGAACGAGAAAAUACUAGAAAAAACUUGGAAACUUGUGGUGUUCUCGCUGGUUCACUACGAAACAGAGUAUUUCAUAUUACGACACUCAUAAUUCCGAAGCAGGAAUCAACUUCAGAUUCCUGCCAUGCAUUGAAUGAAGAAGAACCUUUUGAGGUUCAUGGAAUAUUUCACCUGUCUGAUCCUGGUGGUGUUUCUGUUAUGCGAAACUGUCAACAGCGUGGUUUCCAUCCUCAUGAGGAGCCCGAGGAUGGAAGUCCCAUUUAUGAGCAUUGUUCCCAUGUGUAUAUGAACCCCAAGUUGAUGUUUGACGUGAUAGAUCUUCGGUGAGUUUGCAUUUUUUGGGAAGGUAUUUAAA